GACGGUGACAAGUUCGUAUUUUCGAAUUCAUUGUUCACGGCUAACUAUGUGAUUCGAAAUUAACAGCAUAUACGAUGGUGAAAUCAGAAUCGACUCGAGAGACGUAGCUGAAUACUAAGUACCAGAUGUUUCAGCUAAUAAUGCGAGAUGUUUUGAAUGGAAAUACAUGUUGAUUUUCAUCGCAUGCUGAUAGAAAUAUCAAGACACUUAAACUACCGUAAAACAGAACCUUGGUACUACAUUCCAAUUAUGAACAUGACCUUCAGUUUCUUCAAACUUCACAGUACAACCUUGCUACAAAGCGUAAACGGAGCUAUGCAGCGAUCAUCUCAAUAUCGGGGAAGAAAGCCGGUUUGUGCAUCUGCUUUACCAUGGUUGCCGUCAGGGUGGCUGAUAUGAGAAUUAAAGAGAUGGAGAGAGAGAGAGAGAGAGAGAGAGAGAGAGAGAGAAGCUAGCCUCCAAAGAUCGCGCAUUAUCGAUCAAAGCACUGCUUGAAACAGAAGUGGAAACAAGUAACCGCGAUUGUGUUGAAACUCGUAACGACAUGGAUCUACGAACGAACUACAUCAGAAUCAGUUUAAUUUUUUGUGUUCUGUUGAUUUAUAAAGUUCACGGUAGUCUGCGACCUAUUAGUCCGUUUAAAGAGGAUGUACACUCGGCUAUGUUUCCUAAUGAAAGGCUUUCAUUGGACGAUUGCCACCUGCGAUAUUACAAGUAUGGCGAUCGGAAUCUCGUUGCACCUGCAUUCGGAAAACCGGCAUAUCUAAGGGAAUUCGCACAUAUGGCUGCCAUCGGUUGGACUCAAUCGGAUGGCAGUGUUGACUGGAAAUGUGGAGGAUCUUUGAUCCUGGAGAAUUACGUUUUAACAGCAGCUCACUGCACGCAGGAUAAUGGAUCCGCUCCGGAUGUGGCACGCUUCGGAGAUAUCAAUUUAUUCAGUGACAAGGAUGAUAAGUAUGCUCAACAGCUCAGGAUUGUGGAAGUGAUCAGACAUCCUCAAUACAAGUUUGCUUUUUCCUACGACGACAUUGCACUACUGAGGCUGGACAAAAACGUGACCUUGCACGAUACCGUUGCGCCGGCUUGCCUUUGGAUCGAUGAAGACGUGCGAUUCCCUACGAUGGAAGCUACUGGGUGGGGUGACACCGGUUUUGCAUUGGAACGCACUCCAUCGCUGCUAAAAGUUACAUUGAAACCAAUAACGAAUGAAAAGUGUAGUGAGUAUUAUUCUAGCGCCAACCGCAAACUGCGCGACGGUCUCAGGGCUACCCAGAUAUGCGCAGGAGACGAACGAAUGGAUACUUGUCCGGGCGAUUCCGGUGGACCACUUCAAAUGAAAUUACUGCACAAUGGAAAAAUUUCACCGUUUAUCGUUGGCAUAACUUCAUUCGGUGUAGCAUGCGGAAUAUCCACACCCGGAGUGUACACGCGGGUUUCGUCCUAUUACCAAUGGAUUCUGGAAACAAUUCAAAGCAAGGAGAACCAUGUUCGCUAUUGGAGUCUUGAGCCAAUUAGCUGCGCUCUUCGCUAUGUUAAUCUACGGGAGUAUGAGGAUGAUGUUAUAGUCAGCAAAACAGAAGAUUACACUACCUAUGACUCCAGUAAGGCGCACAUGCGAAUGGCAGGAGGCGAUCUCAACCACAAGGUUGAUAUUGGCUGGAAGGAUGGAUACAUCCGCCGAGAGAAUUGUAGUGGAACGAUAAUUGACGAUGAUACCGUGCUAACAUUAGCUGAAUGUACUUCUCAUUACGGAGUUCCACCAUCGCAUGUAGUCUUCAACGCUUAUCAGGAGAACUUCGAAAUUUCAGAGAUUCACGUACAUCCACAAUACAGAGAAAACUCACUGUAUAACAAUAUAGCCGUUCUAAAGCUGAAAUAUCGAGCGAUUUUCACGCGCGCUGUUAAGCCAGCCUGCAUUUGGCAUUCGCAAGACAUUCCCGAUCCUCAGGUCGAAGUGCCUGGCAUCGGUCGUACCGACAUAAACGAAUUUUAUCAAUACGGAAGCUAUGAUGCGUUUAAACCGAUGGAUAUUGAUCUCCUACCUAGAUUAAGUGUAAACUCGCCUCAAAACUGCACUAUUCCGAAGGAAUUCCAUACACGCCUUUCACGUGGUUUAGCCCCAGAGCAUCUUUGUGUGGGAGAUCGUUUGUUUAUAAUUCCCCAGACCUGUCGACUGCUCUAUGGAGCACCAAUACAACGCCAAAUAUACCGAAACGACCGAUACUUCCAUUACGCUUAUGGAUUAAAUGCAUUCGGUAGGGAUUGUGGCUUUGGGGAAGCAGCUGUUGCAGUACGACUCGUCAGCCACGUGGAUUGGCUAAAAACUGUUCUACUUCCCAACACUCGAGACGGCGAGGCUGCAGUGCAAUUUAUUAACCACGAUUUGAAAGAAAAUGAUUCCUGUGAGUACGAUUAUGACGACACAGAAGAACCGGGAGUUUGUACUCACUAUGAAAGGUGUCCUAAAGUUUGGAAUGACUUCAAAGCUAAACGACGAGUGACCUUCUGUUCGUCUACCAAUGUGAUUUGCUGUCCUCAGGUAUUCAUUCGAAGAACCGGGUCCAGCGUUCAAAAAAACGAACUUGAUACCUGUCAAACUACUUACAAACAAUAUCAUCCAAACCUUUUCAACAUCAGAGAUACGAAUGGAUUCGCACAUAUAGUAACACUCAUAGGCCAGGAUUCGUCCCGUUGUUUGGCAUCACUUAUCUCCAAACGGAUGGCAGUCACAUCUGCGAGUUGUGCAGCAGUAGUAUCGAAUGGUCCAUCACGAGCUAUUUUAAAAAGUAAUGAAUCUAUUCCGAUUGAAAAAACCAUCGUCCAUCAAAAAUAUCGUACAGAUGACAAAGCGAACGACAUUGCCUUAGUCAAACUGAGCCGUGACAUCACCCCAAGUACAACCGUGUUCCCAGCUUGCAUUUGGACGAAUCUUACUCACACUCCGCUGUAUUUACGAUUAGUCAACGUAGGUGAUAUCGCGAACGUCGACCAGCAGGUCGCCCCCAUGUAUAACACUGAUUGCCAACGGGAUUAUGUGAGCAGAAUAUCCAAUGAUCGGAUAUGCAUUGAAGACACAUUUCUGGGAGCCAAUAAUACAUGCUACCGGUCUGGUGACCAGCUCGUCUGGGCAAGUCCCGACAACAUUGAAAUAAACCAAUCUACCUCAGUGACACCACACGUUAUCGGAUUCUACAGUUACGGAGAAUUAUGCGAAGAAGUGUACCCAGCGGUUUUCACUAGGAUUGCGUUAUAUGUUCAAUGGAUUCGAAGCAAUUUAUAAAUCGAAAUGUCUCAAAUAUUAUUAUAUUUCCGCUCAAUGAAAGAGUAUUCACUUAUUCUUGUUGAGUGAAUGUGGACUUCUAUGUGUAUUCUACCAAGUAUAUUUUUCGAAGUACAUGGAUUAUUACAAUA